AUGUCAACAAACGAACUUACCUUGAACUAUCAAAAUAUUAUUUUGCGAACUUUGAAAUUAUAGUGAAUUGUGAAAAUUAAAUAUAUAUUAAUAAUAUGCUGUAGCAGCAGAAACUAAAAUAUAGGUCUAAAUUAUUAUUUCUAUAUUAAAGAUGGAAUUUAUUGCAACUGACGAAUCAACUUUUCAACCUACUCAUGUGGACAACAAAAAUUCUAAAGAGAAUGAUUCUGUCGAAAACUUUCAAAAGUUUAUUUAUGAUCUUUUUGAAAAAAAUGGCGUGCUUAACGACUUAAGAGCUUAUUUACGUGGACAUAUUAUUGACGUGCUGAAAAGUGCGCAAACAGGUGAUCCAUCACCAUGUCAAAGACACUUCACUCAACGUCUAGAGUUAACAUACCAAGCUUUGAAUAUACUUAUUGCAGAAUAUCUCUUUUGUUUGGAGUUUAGCUACAGUCUUUCGGUGUUUAUAUCAGAGAUACCACUUGCAAACAUGGUAUUUGCAUAUGCCAAAGCCCUGCUUCAUAGUCAUAAUGAAGGAAACCCAGUAUUGAAAUUUACGGAUGGAGAUGUUUGGUCUAUCCUCAACUAUUUGGGUGUUAAAUGUGAUUCAGAACAUGCAUACAAAAUAGUUGAAUUGUAUAAGAGCAAAGAUAAUCUACCAUUGUUGUUAUGUAUAUUGAAAUGUAUGCCAAUGUAUAACAAGGAAGGGUUCACCAUAGAACAAGAUAUUUCAUCAUUGGACAGUAUUUCAAGUGUGAAGAGCUCUGAUACUGUAGCAGAGAAAACAAAUAGCAAGAAUGGAGGGUGCCAUGAGAAAUGUAAACAUUAUGUAUUUUGUAGAACUUGUCAGAACAGAAUGAGCCGUGUUAAAGACAAGUAUAUGAAAAAAAGAAAAAAAAUUGCAAAGACUGUGAAGGAGACAAACAUGAACCCUUUAAAUGUGGAACUUCUUUUGAAGAACAUCAGUUUUAUGGAGAAAGGCCUCAUUGAUGAGAUGUUCCAACAAUUGAAGUCUGUGUAUGAAGCUGAAGUAGAAAUGGUUAGGGUGGAAGAAGACAAGAAAACCAAACGUACCCUCGCCACACACAUAGCACAGCUCCAAAGGCACCAUGUGGAGAUGGAGGAAGCAUUCAAAGCUCGCGAGGCAAAAUUAGAAAAGAAUGUGGAGCAGAAGAAAAGAUUUCUAUGGGGUCUAGCGCGUCAGUUGCGCGAACAACACGCCCAGCUUUCGCGGGCCAUGCUUACACUGCGAGGGGAGGCUGAUCGACUGACUGCCAAAGAAGAUAGUUUAAAAACCCAACUGCUGGAAGCUGAAACAGUUUUAAAGAAACGUGGCGAGGAGAUGCGUGCCCAAAUAUCCAACGAGCUAGUUAUUUUAGAAGGCCACCUGGAGUCAAUGAAGAAAGAAAGAGAGAGCAUCAACCGAGAACGAUUAGAAUUGCAAAGCUAUAAAACUCCUGAUACAUCUAUCAAACAUGGCCUAGAGAGUGAAGAUUUAAAAUCGCAUUAUGAUCUAUUAAAAGAUGAAUUUUUAAUACUGAAGAAGUAUCUAGAAACAAUCAAAAUGGAGCCCAAAUGUGUUAUAGAAAGAGAGACAAUUACUGACUUGAAUGAUGUCACAUCAAAGAUUAAUAUAAUGCUAAACAAUGAGGAAGCAGAUAGGAAUUUGUUGAAGAGCGAUAAUGAGGAGCGAGCACGCGCACCAAACAUAGUGAUCAAUGAUUUGAAGAAACAGAAGAAUGUUAAUUUCAGUCAGUCAAACCUAGACGAGGUGUACCGGCAACGCAGUCGUGACCGCAGUCGCUCGUCCGCGUCCAGUGAAGCGGGCGAAGUUGCUGACUGUGGUCACCAUCGUGACCGCGACUCUGACUGUGACCGUGACCGUCAUUGCGACCGCGACGCUCCCUGCUGUCACAUGCAGUAUGAUGUCUUACAGCAUUUGCGCAAUGAAAACGAGAGUUUAAAGGACUUUGCUAGACAGCAAAGAACACACAUCAACGACCUUAUGAGUCAGCAAGCGCGUCUUCAGGCGGAAUUAAUCGCGACCCGCACUCGCAUUGAUGCGACCCGACCGCGAACCGCGCCUGACAUCACACCGCGCUGCGCCUGCAUCAAUGAAAGAUUAAAUAUGAGCGAAAGCACAAACACGUUCGGUUGGCGCAAAGGUGCCGGCGAGGAGGUAAGCGUGUUCUCAGAGGCGCGGCCGCGGGUGGUCGUGCCCGGCGACAUACUGCCAUUCGUGGGUGCGCUCAGAGACACCAGGGAUGGACGCAGGCAUUUGAUAAACACGUGGCGAUCCCUGCGGCGUGGGACAACAGUAAGCGGUCGUCGGCCAGCCCCUCAAGUUAUUGAGACCACGCCCAUCCUUCACGCUACUGACGUCACUCCCGCGUCACCAACUACGCCCAUCAUGGAUCGACCUACCAGCGCCGCUCCCACACAAGAUAUGUGUGCUACAAAUGCGGAAGACGAACCAAACAUCAUUGGACAAUCAGAAAAUAUUACGAUCAAUCCUGUGUCUUGUGACAAUGUGCAACAACCAAAAUUAACAGAAACUGCAGUCGAAAACAAAACUAGAGCAAAAAGUCCGAAAUCAAUGCUCAGGGAAGCAAAGCAAAAAUUAAAAAAUAAAAAUAGCAAAAAAGUUCAACCGACAACUCAUGAGAAAAGCCCUAACACUGUACUCCGGGAAGCUAAACUUCGUUUAAGGAAGCUUGAGAUCGAAGCAGAAGCAGUCGAGAGGUCUUAUCUAGACUUUAGAAAGAGACAAAAUGAGUUGAUAAAAGAUAGAAAAAGCUAUUCUAUGAGCAAGGAUAAUCCACUUGAAAGCGAUCUUGAUAAUUUAGGUAUAAAACGAAGCAAAUCUUUGCAAAAAAUAGAUGACAAAUCUAAGACUAAAUUAGAUACACAAACAAAUUAUAAAGAAACACUGCAGUUCAUGAAAACAGAUUUUAAUAAAUAUCUAUGUGAAUAUAAAGCAAACUUCGAUAUUAAGGAGAUACAGUCCAAAAAUAGAAGAGCAAUUGAAAAAGUACAUCCCAAUACUAAUAUCGUCAAGAAAAAUUAUAAGGAAAAGCACAAUUAUUUAGAAACACCGUUAAUUGAGUUUAGAAAAUUUUAUCAUUCCCAACAGAUGGGUAGGCCAUUGACUAUAAUAGAUAAUCCUCGCCCAAUUCCUUUAGAGAGAGAAGUUCCUUUAAAAAAUAAUGGAAAUAGUAAACAGGAUGUUUUUAAAUUGAGAAAUGAAAAUAUAAAAGAAGCAGAAAAUUAUGAAGAACUUGAACUUCAAAUACAAAAGAAUAAUCUAAACAAAAUUUACAAUUUACCUGAACAAAGUGCUGUUGAACCUUCAAAUAAAGAGCAAAAUAAUAUUGAAAAUUCACCUAAAUUAGAAAAAAAUAUAAAAGAGGAAAGCAAUGACAAUGUUCUCAGGGUAGUAGUCGAAAAUGUGAGUGAAACAAGUGAAUUGAAAUUAACAGAAUCGCAAUCUCAAGAAUUGUUACUUGUGGUGCAAAGUUCUGUAGAUGCAAGUCGUGCUUCACAAUCUGAUGAAAAAGAGAAUAUGUCUACUCGCAUGACGAUUAUUGUGAGUCCAAGGAAAAAUGACUGCAAAGGUUCAAACGAUGUAGGUCUGGAGCCACUUAAAGCUACAGAUAUUCCCGAAAAGUCAGUACCGGAAGAAGUAGCUCGUCUAACUCAGAAUGACGUAUUAGAUACAAUUUUCCAUGCUGACCCAAAUAAUCAAAUAUCCAGUACAGAAAUGCAACUAGAUAUAUCUAAAGAACAGUUAGAAGACUCUAUUAGUGAAUACGAGAAAGAAGACGAUUAUGUAAACGAUUUUUCUGCAGACGUGGACAACUACAACAGUCGUUCAGAAUAUGAAAACAAUUCCCCCAUAUCCCUGCCGAAAACAUCGGAGGAUGAAAAUUUUUGGGAGACUUAAAUUAUUAUUUUUAUAUG